CUUUGCUCGGUCUUUGAAAGAUCUGUCUAUAUUCCGAGAGAUCAGUCCGUUCGAAUAUCCAAGAAGAGGGAAGAAUAUCGAAGAUGUCGGUAGUUUUGCGUUCGGUUGAAUGGUUGAUAGCGAGGGACGAUGAUUAUAUCUGUCCUGAUCCUUUUUUGGAUCCAUCGACUGAUCUGUGUAAUCCAUUACGAUACAUACCUAGUAAAACGUAUAAUAUGAUAGCUCUUGAAUUAUAUUUCUUCGUCGCUACUUUACUCGCAUGGAGAGCAUGGAAAUGGCCUGCUAGAUAUAUGUUAUGUUUAGUGAUUGGUUGUUUUUGCCAAGGAAUCGGUCUUUUGUUACGUGUUCUAUUACGUAUAAACCCACAUAACAUAGGGUUGUUCAUCGUCAUGGAUUGUUUUGUAGUUUUGUCCCCUUGCGCUUUUUUAGCUGCUGAUUAUAUUUUAUUAGGAAAGAUGGUAGAUUAUUUAGAAGGUGGGAAACAUUUGAGACCUUUAACAUUACGUUGGUUAUCUCGUGGAUUCAUAAUAUCAGAUAUCGUGACAUUCUGCAUCCAAGGUGGUGGUGGUGGUUUCUCAUCAGCUAAAAAUAUCACUUUACUCAAAAUCGGUGCAGAUAUCUUUUUGGCUGGUCUGGUAGCUCAAUUGAUAUCUUUCACUUUGUUCAUUGUGGUUUAUAUCGUCUUUUUCUAUCGAGUAUGGAAGAAUGAUCCAGUGAUAUGGAAUAAAAAACGAUGGAAACCUCUUUAUUUAGCAAUGGGAUUUACCUGUAUUUGUUUUGAGAUUAGAUCUAUUUAUCGUACUGCGGAAUUAGGACAAGGGUUCAACGGUUAUAUCACCACCCACGAAAGUUUUUUCCUCGCUCUUGAUACUCUACCAUUAUUUCUAGGAAUAUCGACAUAUUUCUUUUUCUGGCCUGGAUGUUAUAUCUCACCACCACCUCGACCGAAAGUGAUCAAUGGACCUGAAUCUGAUAUCCCUUUGGUGGAAAGGUUACCUUCUGCUGAAGGAGUUUCUUCGGUGGAGAUACGUUCUCCUGUUGAGGAACAGCCUACAGGUCAAGGUCGAAUCCCCAGGUCAUCGAAGGAAGAUCUUGUGUGAUUUUGUUCAAGUCGUCUUCUUCAGAUUCGUAAUAUCUGAGAACAGGUAUUCUCGAUGUGAUUACAAUUGUUUUGUUUCAUGAUUUCGUGGUAUAGAAGUUCAGAUGUCUUUUUUGGAAGGAGGGACAUAUCUAGAAAAUUUCCUCUUAUUUUAUAUGCAAUUUGAAGGUUUCAUUUG